AUGCCUGGACUGGUGUCGGCAAUAGGCGUUUUGGCCUUUCUCUCCGACGAGGAACCCGAGCUCAAGGUCUUCGCCUUGCAGACGCUCAACGACGACAUAGACACCGUCUGGACAGAGGUCGCCGGCGCUCUCAGCCAGCUCGAGGCUCUCUAUGAGGAUGAGUCUUUCCCCGAGCGACAGCUUGCAGCCCUGGUCCUAGCCAAGGUCUACUACCACCUCCAGGCCUACAAUGAUAGCAUGGUCUUCGCUCUCGCCGCGGGCGACCUCUUCAAGCUCGAGUCCCCCGGCGAGUUCGAAGAGACAAUCAUCUCCAAGUGUGUUGACCAGUACAUCGCCGUCACUGCUGCCCAGCAUGCCAAGCCCAAGGCCUCCAGCAACGCCGACCUGCCCGAGCUGACCACGACCUUCUCCAACGCGUCCGACGGCGCCGUCAUGUCCCCUACGACUCCCUUUUCUCACACCACCCUCCCUCCCAAGUCGCUACUGUCCCGGGCCUCCCUCGAGAACACGAUACUCGACGCCACCUUCCAGCCCGUUGUCAAGCAAGCCCGCUCUAGCUCCAUCGCCCAGCUGCCCGAUCAGGCAACCGAGGCUUCGUUGCGGCGCGUCGUCGAGCGCCUCUUCGAGAGCUGCCUGAAGCAGGGUCGCUACCGACAGGUCGUCGGCAUCGCUGUCGAGGCUAAGAAUCUCGAGGUCCUGCGCCGCGUCAUUAAGCGCGCGAGCGAGGACGAGAAACACUCCAAGACGAAGCCCCAGGACGGCCUCCAGGGCCCUGCCAAGGAGCUCAUGGAAUAUGCGCUGGGCAUCUGCAUGGACAUUGUCCAAGAGCGCGGAUUCCGCACCCAGAUUCUACGCCUGGUCCUCGACUUGCUCAACGACAUACCCAACCCCGACUAUUUCGCCAUUGCAAGGUGUGUGGUUUAUCUCAAUUCAGACGACGAGGCCUCGCGCAUGCUCCGGACUCUCGUCAGCAACGGCGAUCGCACCUCUUUGGCCAACGCGUACCAGAUCGCCUUCGACCUGUACGACAAUGGCACCCAAGAGUUCUUGGGCAGGGUCCUAGCUUCUCUGCCCUCGGGCAAACGGCCUGAAAAGGAGGGGGCUGACGAGGAUGACGUGAAGCCCAAGGAGAUCGAUGCGCUGCUCGGGGACCAACAGGAAGCACCGGAGGAGGAGUUGCCAGAGAACGUAGCCAAGGCCUAUCGCAAUAUUCGAUCGAUCCUCAACGGCUCCAAGACGAUCCGCCUGAAUCUCGAAUUCCUCUACCGCAACAACCAUACCGAUUUAAGCAUCCUCAACAAAGUUCGCGACAGUCUCGAGGGCCGCAACUCGAUUUUCCAUACCGCCGUCACCUUUUGCAACGCAUUCAUGAACCAAGGCACCACCAACGACAAAUUCUUCCGUGACAACCUCGAGUGGCUGGGCAAGGCUGUCAACUGGUCCAAGUUUACCGCCACGGCUGCCCUCGGCGUCAUCCACCGCGGAAACCUGUCGCAGUCUCGAAAGCUUCUCGAGCCCUAUCUGCCCAGGCAGGGCGGUCUCGGCAGCGGCUCCAUCUUUAGCCAAGGCGGCGCUCUCUACGCCUACGGACUCAUCCAUGCCAACCACGGAGCCGAUGCCCUCGACUAUCUCAAGACGCAGUUCAGCCAGGCCGAAGAGGAGGUUGUCCAGCACGGCGGCGCUCUUGGCCUGGGCAUCGCCGGCAUGGCGACGGGAGACGGCGAGAUUUUUGAGAAGCUCAAGGAAAUUCUCUUCCAGGACUCAGCGCUCAACGGCGAGGCCGUCGGAUUGUCCAUGGGUCUCAUCAUGCUGGGCACGGGCAAUGUCAAAGCUCUCGAGGACAUGAUCACGUAUGCGCAUGAGACGACGCACGAGAAGAUUGAGGGCGCCGACGUCCUGAUCGAGGGCCUCUUGAACGAUCCCGACCCGACACUGCGCUACGGCGGCAUCAUGACAGUAGCCCUGGCGUACUGCGGCACCGGCAGCAACAAGGCGAUUCGGAAGCUCCUCCACACCGCCGUCAGCGAUGUCAACGACGACGUCCGGCGCAUCGCCGUCAUGAGCUUGGGCUUCAUCCUGUUCCGCAAGCCGGGGAGUGUCCCGCGCAUGGUCGAGCUGCUGUCCGAGUCCUACAACCCGCACGUCCGGUACGGCUCCGCCAUGGCCCUGGGUAUCUCGUGCGCCGGCACGGGGCUCGACGAGGCGAUUGACCUGCUGGAGCCGAUGAUGAAGGAUCCCACCGACUUUGUUCGACAGGGCGCUCUCAUCUCCUUGGCCAUGAUCAUGGUGCAGCAAAACGAGGUGAUGAACCCCAAAGUUUCAUCGAUCCGCAAGACCCUCAAGAAAGUGGUUGGCGACCGCCACGAGGACGCCAUGACCAAGUUUGGUGCUGCCCUGGCCCUCGGAAUCAUUGACGCAGGCGGCCGCAACUGCACAAUCGGGCUCCAGACCCAGACGGGGAACCUCAACAUGGCGGGCAUCGUUGGCAUGGCCGUCUUCACCCAGUACUGGUACUGGUUCCCCUUUACCCACUUCUUGUCCCUCAGCUUCUCCCCCACGGCCAUGAUCGGUCUCGACCACGAUCUGGAGAUGCCUGACUUCAAGUUUCACUGCGCCACGAGGCAGAGCCUGUUUGACUACCCUCCAGAGCAGGAAGUCAAGACAGAGGAGGGUCCCGCCUUGAUUGCCACAGCCAUCUUGUCCACGACCGCUCAGGCCAAGCGCAGGGCCCAGAAGAAGGAGCGGGCUCAGCGGCGAGAGAGCAUGGAUAUUGACGUGGCGCCGGCCAAGAGUGGCGAAAAGAUGGAGGUAGACGACGACAAGAAAAGGGACGAUUCCAAAGACAAAAAGGACGCAGAGGAGAAGGAUGCGACCACGCCGAGCGACUCCAAGAAGAAGCCAGAGAAAGAGAAGAUUGGCUACGACAUGGAGAACAUGAGCCGAGUCCUGCCUGGCCAGCUCAAGUUUAUCAGCUUUCCCGCCGGCCGAUAUCAGCCAGUUAAAAAGCCGACUGGAGGCCCGCUCCUCCUGGAUGACACCCAGCCUGACGAGGCCAAGUCGCUCAUUGAGGAAAAGCUGAAGAAGGUGACGACGGAGCGCGCGCCGGUUGCCGGCCAGCAGAGCGGCCGAGGCGGCGGUGGCGGCCGGUCUAGUGGGCCGGGCAGGUCGCUGCUUGAAGGCCUCGUGGAUCCAGCACGCGCGUCCACGGGCAAUCCCGUCAUGGACCAGCUGCUGCGUAGCCAAGGUCGCUCGCCCUUUGGCAUGGCCGAUCCCCAGACCCCGGCCGGCAAUGCCGGUUCGGGCGCCAUGGGCUCGGGCGCCGCGGCCGCCGCGGGAGUGCUGACGGCCGUGGACGAGGACGGCGAGGGCGACGAAGAGGCCCAGGUGCCGGGAGAGUUCGACUACUUCUCGGAAGGAGAGGGUGACGAGUAG